GCCGAGUAGGAAGCUGGAGAACAAGCUACUCUGUGAGCCCUACUCACCUUGGGUCGAGGUCUAUCUUUGGUCACUGUCGCAGGCUGCGGCGCUGCAGGAGGCAUCCGAUUUUGACCAUGGCGAAACGCUGCAGCAGGUGAUGCAGACGGCGUGCAACUCAAGCGAGUACCCAGACGAGACGGAAUUUAAGCAGCAGCUUCUUGACGAAAUCUGUUGGCAGUUGAACUCCAUCCCGCUCUUCGACACUAGCCUAUCUGCGUUCAACCUCGUCAGCGGGACUUUCUCUCGUGGUGUACAACAGUGGGGAAACCUAGUGGAAGCAUACGAGAGCGACCCAGAACCCUCGGGCAGCGAGGUCGACGAUUGGAUGAGGCGAAAACAGAUCAUCCAAACUGCCGUCCGCAGAGUCAUCCUCAACCGCGACGUCGAGAACCUUCAGAGGCGACGCGAGCUAGUCGGUCGAAGCUAUGCGCGUGCAAAGAACAUCAAAGACCUAGUCGUAGGCCAGCCAGUCUCUGUUCGCCGACCAAGCGGCAAGUUCCAUCGAAAUGUCGACGGAAUCGUGAAAAGCGUCGACAUUCCAAACGACACGGUGGUAGUGCAAGUUGGUCAGCACGAGACUCCUUACGCGGGUCCGGAUGUCAGCCCAGUCAAAGUGCCAGUAGACGCCAGGCCGGAGGACUAUGA